AUGAGGUUAGUCCGGGAAGAGAGAAUCCACACAGGGGAGAGGCCCUAUGAAUGCUGUGAGUGUGGGAAAACCUUCAAUUACAGAUCAGCCCUUUCUCAACAUCGGAGAAUCCACACAGGGGAGAGGCCCUUUUAUUGCAGUGAGUGUGGAAAAACCUUCCCUUGCAGCUCAUCCUUUUCUGUUCAUCAGAGAAUCCACACAGGGAGGCCCUUUGAUUGCAGUGAGUGUGGGAAAAGCUUUAUUACCAGCUCAGACCUUUCUAAACAUCAGAGAAUCCACACAGGAAGAGGCCCUAUGAAUAAUCCACACAGGGAGAGGCCCUAUGAAUGCCGUGAGUGUGGGAAAAGCUUCAAUAGCAGCUCAGGCCUUUCUAAACAUCAGAGAAUCCACACAGGGGAGAGGCCCUUUUAUUGCAGUGAGUGUGGAAAAACCUUCACUUUCAGCUCAGCCCUUUCUAUUCAUCAGAGAAUCCACACAGGGGAGAGGCCCUAUGAAUGCCAUGAGUGUGGGAAAAGCUUCACUAGGAGCUCAGCCCUUUGUCAACAUCAGAGAAUCCACACAGGGGAGAGGCCCUAUGAAUGCCGUGAGUGUGGGAAAACCUUCAGUCGGAGUUCAGGCCUUUCUAAACAUCAGAGAAUCCACACAGGGGAGAGGCUCUUUGAUUGCAGUGAGUGUGGGAAAACCUUCACUUACAGAUCAGUCCUUUCUCAACAUCAGAGAAUCCACACAGGGGAGAGGCCCUAUGAAUGCCGUGAGUGUGGGAAAAGCUUCACUAGCAGCUCAGCCUUUUCUGUUCAUCAGAGAAUCCACACAGGGGAGAGGCCCUAUGAAUGUCAUGAGUGUGGGAAAAGCUUUAUUACCAGCUCAGACCUUUCUAAACAUCAGAUAAUCCACACAGGGAAGAGGCCCUAUGAAUGUCAUGAGUGUGGGAAAAGCUUCUCUAGCAGCUCAGGCCUUUCUAAACAUCACAAAAUCCACACCGGUGAGAGACCUUAUAAAUGCAGUGAGUGUGGGAAAACCUUCAAUCACAGCUCACACCUUCUUACCCAUCUCAGAAUCCACACAGGUAUGCAACCCAAUGGAAGCAGUGAGUGUGGGAAAACCUUGUCUUGCCACUGAGACCAUGUGAGCCAUCAGAGAAUCUGCAAGGGGGAUCAACACCAUAAAAACCUCUAGGGCUAUCACUACUUUAAUACUUUCCUGAUUCCCACGUUUACAAGCUGUUUGAAGCACCGAUAUCCCUCAGCUUGUCCAGAUGAGUGAGUGGCCUAUUUUUGCAUUUUGCAGUUUGACCUCUUUGAGGUGGACUCAUUUAUCCUUUCUAUCAACUCCAUUCUCCCAUAAGUAAUUCAAGU